AUGGCUUCCAUUCCCCCCACCCCCAUCCAGCCUGUCAUCGUCAACAUCUACACGCGCGAGGAGCUUUCCGCGGCCGGGCAUCUUGACAUGUUCGCCAAACGGACCACAAAAUCUGACGCCCUGAAGUUGACCACCACGGCGCACAAGAUUCGCAAGAACCCCGGCAUCCCCACCCUGGUGAAGGACCUGGCCUCCUUCGCGCGCACCAUCUUCGGCAUCACCACCACCCCCGUUGACAUGCUGCGCGGCGGCGACCUGGUCUUUCAGCGCAUCAUCACGGCGGAUGCAGCGGGGCCCUUCACUCUUCCUCCAUCGGCGACAGACGUCCCCGAUCCACGGGCGGGGUACAGCCUGGGGUUCAUGCUGAUUCAGGUGCUUCCCCGCCCCCCCCUCCGUGCAGUUAAGUUCUACCACCCGGCGACCGAGAUCCUCGCCUUUCAGCUGGCAGCCGAUGGCACAGCCGUUUACCUUUUGCUCCCGGCCUAUUUCGUUCAGACGCUAGCUGGCGCACAGGCGGCCAUGGAUGAGUGGUUUACAGCUGAGCGUCUGGCGGUCAUUCCUGGGGAGCUUGUCAGGCUGGAGGCUUCCUCGCUUAGUCAUGCCCUCGUCCUUCGUGCCCCCCCGCCUGCCCCUGAGCCAGCAGCAGCUAGUGCCCCCCCCCGUCUUCAGACAGCAGAGCUUGCGCAGUCGCUCCUUCCCCUUGGGACGAUCAUUCUAGGCGACAGGACCCGCUCCGCUUCCGACCUGCUCGCUGCACUCCGUGGCGCUGGCGUCACCACUGCCAUGCUUCCUAGCGCUCCCACUCGUGAGGAGAGCACUACUGGCCCCCCGCAGUACGCUUUCCUUGCUGGCGCCAUUUCCCAUGUGCCCGCACUGCUCAUCCACCUUCAGGACGUUGCCUCUGCGGGCUGCGCGCCUGCUCUGACCAGCUACCUUCCGCCCAGCGCUGGGAAGGGCGUCCCUUACCAGCUUCAGCAGAGCUGCUUUAUCGCCCAGAGCGUUCUUUCCCGCUUUUCGAGCACCCAGUCCGCAGCAGCUUCCAUCCAGAGCGUUCUCCGCACGUUUGAGCGCUUCUCCUCGGUCGACGUCUUGAUCAUGCCUGAUCAGGGCAGAGAGGACCCCGUCUUGGGCCGCUGCACCCUCGUCCGGAUCUUUUCCUCCAGCAUCACCACCUUCAUCGCGUGGCUUGACGAGUUCCCCGACGGCGUCCCCAUUUCGAUCACACUCCCCGACGGCACUCAGGUGACCCCCUGCCUCAAGCUCCGCGCCCCCUCCUACGGCUACGUUAAGUACAGCCCGGGGGACUCUCUCCUCACUGCCGCUGACACCCAGCUCCUCAUGACCUGCGACGACCCCCAGGCCCUGCUGCUCGCGGGUCUUACCAUGGCGCGCGUCCUUUAUGGCCUGGACCCGCUCACCACGCAGGAUGAGGACGACGUUGUCUUCACAGAGGAGGACGUGGCCGGCAACCCGACCCUCGGCUUCAGCACGGGGGCAGUGCUGGCUGUCAUCCUCACCCAGACUGGGCUCUCUGUCUACCCGGAGGGCACGGCGCACCCCCAGAACAAAAUCACGGUCUGCCCGUUCCUUCGCAGCGUGGCAAACUCUGUUAAGCACGUCAAGGGCCAGCGCACCCCACCUUUCGAACAGCUGACGUACAACCGGUUCCCCGCAGUCGCUCCUAUUGUCACGAAGCUGAUUGCCGCCAGCACUGAAGCCCCAGCACGCGACAGGGCGGUGGCGACGGCCCCAUUGAUUGUUGACAUCACCGCGAUCGGCCCAGGUGCGGAUGCGGACAUGUCU